AGAUUGUAAAUGUUUUUCAGUACCCAGGUGUUAUUGGUACACAUGUAAUUAUUUUGACAUAUAGCAUUCUUCUAAAUCAAUAUUUCAUUUUCCAGUUGAUUAUGUACAUGUAUAUCGAAAUCUGAACAGUAAGCUCUGAGAUGAUGGGAGUUCACGUGUUAUAUAACAUUUAAGAUGGAUUUAAAUCCUUAAUUUUUGAACACAGCUUGUGAAAGAGGACCCAAGCAACAUGAUGACGUCAAUGCCCCCCUCCCAGGCGGCCAUCCUGCCCUACACAGAGGUUGAGGCUCGUCUGAGGACUAACAACAGUACAGGACUGCAUACCACGGAAGCCAACAGGAGGAGGGUGUUGUAUGGUGUCAACGACUUUCAAAUCAACAACGAGGAACCCCUGUGGAAAAAAUACCUUGAUCAGUUCAAGAAUCCUAUGAUUUUGCUGCUGUUGGGUUCCGCGUUCGUCAGUAUUUUGAUGAAGCAGUUUGAUGAUGCAGUCAGCAUCACUGUGGCAAUUAUCAUUGUGGUCACUGUAGCGUUUGUACAGGAAUACAGAUCAGAGAAAUCCUUAGAAGCUUUGACCAAACUUGUUCCCCCAAUGUGCCAUUGUUUAAGAGAUGGAAAAUUGGAGACGUUUUUGGCUCGAGACUUGGUUCCAGGAGACAUUGUGUUUUUGUCUGUAGGUGACAAAGUUCCUGCUGAUAUUCGUUUGUUUGAGGCCAAAGAUUUAGCAGUAGAUGAAUCCAGCUUUACUGGGGAACCAAUGCCAAAGAGCAAGAGCAUUCACCCUGUCCCCGAGAAGGAGCACCGGUCAGGAAUCUCAGGAUUGACCUGUGUGGCUUUUAUGGGUACACUGGUUAGAUGUGGGCGGGGAAAGGGCAUCGUCAUAGAAACAGGAACAAACUCCCAGUUUGGAGAACUCUUCAAGAUGAUGCAAGAAGAGGAGGCUCCUAAGACUCCCUUACAGAAGAGCAUGGACACUCUGGGAAAACAGCUUUCCUUCUACUCAUUCUGUAUCAUAGGUGUCAUCAUGCUUCUGGGGUGGAUCCAGGGGAGAGGAAUCCUGGACAUGUUCACUAUAGGGGUCAGUUUGGCAGUAGCUGCUAUACCAGAAGGACUCCCUAUCGUUGUCACGGUGACGUUAGCCCUGGGGGUGAUGAGGAUGGCUUCACAAAAUGCUAUCGUGAAAAAGUUACCGAUUGUAGAAACCUUAGGCUGUGCCACGGUUAUAUGUUCAGAUAAGACAGGAACUUUGACAAAGAAUGAGAUGACGGUCACAAGAAUCUGCUCAGCUGAUGGACAGUAUGCUGAGGUGUCGGGAGUAGGAUACAACGGCAUCGGCACUGUGGUGUGUCAGCAUGAAGACGUCUCAGAAAACUCACACCCCUCCUUAUCUAAAGUCAUAGAGGUCGGAUGCAUAUGUAAUGAUGCUGACCUUUGUGAGGAUGGGCUGCAUGGACAACCAACGGAGGGGGCGCUGCUAGCAGUGGCAUGGAAGAUGAAUUUGCAUCAUGUGAGGGAGUUGUACACCAGACUAGAGGAGUGGCCAUUUAAUUCAGAGACAAAAUACAUGGUUGUCAAGUGUACCCCAAGAUAUGGAGAGAGUAAGGAGAUGACCUUCUUUGUGAAGGGAGCGCUGGAGAAGGUGUUGGCCAAUUGUUCUCGAUUCUACAAGCAGGGCAGCACUUCAACUCUGACAGAAAAAGCCAAACAGGAGUUUUAUCAUGAGGCUGCUAUGAUGGGACGAGCUGGACUCAGAGUAUUAGCAAUGGCCUAUGGUCCGGAAGUGAACAACUUGGUGUAUGUUGGGAUGGUGGGAAUCAUCGACCCUCCCAGGGAGGGGGUGAAGGAGGCCAUCUCUACUCUGAUUGGUGGAGGGGUGUCAGUGAAGAUGCUGACAGGAGACUCCGAGGAGACUGCCAGAGCCAUAGGAAGUCGUUUGGGUCUGCAUUCUCAGGGUGGAAGAGCUCUGUCAGGUGAUCAGAUCGACCAGGCAGAUAUCAAACAUCUACAACAAAUUAUCAAUGAUGUCACAAUAUUCUACAGAACAACGCCAAAACACAAGCUCAAAAUUAUCAAGGCUCUACAAAGUAAUGGUCAUGUGGUUGGAAUGACAGGAGAUGGCGUCAAUGAUGCAGUGGCGCUCAAAAGUUCUGACAUUGGAAUCUCCAUGGGUAUUACAGGAACUGAUGUCAGCAAGGAAGCUGCUGAUAUGAUUCUGGUGGAUGACAAUUUUGCGGUCACCCUAUCAGCCAUAGAGGAAGGAAAAGCCAUAUUUUAUAAUAUUAGAAAUUUUGUUAGAUUUCAACUCAGCACGAGUAUAGCUGCAUUAACAUUAAUAGCACUUUCUACUGUAAUGAAGUUACCAAACCCUUUAAAUGCCAUGCAGAUUUUAUGGAUAAAUAUCAUCAUGGAUGGGCCACCAGCUCAGAGUCUGGGUGUUGAACCAGUGGAUCAUGAUGUCAUUAAAAAACCUCCCAGAAAGGUCAAGGACCCGAUCAUAACCCUUAAUCUCAUCAUCAGCAUCCUAAUUUCUGCUGCCAUUAUUGUGUCGGGUACAUUAUGGGUGUUUUGGCGAGAGAUGAGCGACAAUAAGAUAACGCCCAGAGACACUACCAUGACUUUCACUUGUUUUGUAUUUUUUGACAUGUUUAAUGCUCUCAGCUGUCGGUCAGCAGAAAAAUCUAUAUUUGAAGUGGGACUUUUAAACAACAAGAUGUUUCUGCUGGCAGUGGGGGGUUCCCUGAUCGGCCAACUGCUGGUGAUUUAUUUCCCUCCCCUUCAAGCCGUGUUUCAAACAGAGUCCCUUUAUUUAACAGAUUUUAUCUUUUUGAUAUUUUUAACGUCAUCAGUGUUUGUGGUGUCAGAAAUCAGGAAGUUUGUAUGGAGGACACAGGAGAGGAGAAAGAAAGGCUUAGAAAAACAGAGUUACAUGGAAGACGUGGUCUGAAACCAUGACAUGUUACUGAUAUAUUCAGCAUCAUUUUACAUAUCAAUGUGUGUGUAUGCAGGAGAGUGUGUAUGACCUUGACAUGUGUAUGCAGGUGGAUGUGUGGUAUCAACAUGUAUAUGCAGGUGGAUGUGUGGUAUCAACAUGUGUAUGCAGGUGGGUGUGUGGUAUCAACAUGUGUAUGCAGGUGGGUGUGUGGUAUCAACAUGUGUAUGCAGGUGGAUACAAGCAUGAUAAUUUCUACAAACUGGUACUCAAUUUCAAGAGAUUUAUUUAUAUACAUAGAAAGAAUAGAUAAUCUAUAAUCUUGUUUAACCAUCUUGAGAACUUUUUUAAGUAAGAUGGGCGAAGGAGGAAAUUUUAUACUGUUUAUUACUCUCAUCCAUUGCUGCCUGAAAGUGCAGGUCUGGACUUCAGCCAAUCCACUUAGUCUGUCACUUGUAGAAAUGAAAAAUAUUUACAUUCUGCAAUCUACAAAAUUUUUAUCAAAAUUCAUCUACCGGUAUUCUUUUAUUGCACAUGUAUUUUCAAUUUUUAUCCUGUAAUCUUGACAUGAUUAGAUAGACAAUUGAAGCAUAAUGCGGGUCCAGCCUGGGAAUUAUUUCUGUUUGUAAAGUAAAUACACACAAGUAGGAUGUCUGUCAUUGUCAACAAGGACCACAGCUUCGGGCAGUUUACUGGUCAAUUCUAUCCGGGCCCAGAGGUAGUGUCCGCAGGUUGGACAUCUGUAGUUGGUCAUUGUAAUACAUACAAUAGGCAUGUGUAUAAAACAUAUUAUGGUAAGAGUUUGACAAAAACAGGAAGGGAAGUUUUUAUGAGGAGGUGUAGUUGAUCUCGCAGACAUAUGUCAUGGUUUUUGUUGUUUGAGGACACCUUAUACAAUCUCUUUGUAAGGUAGCCUUCUUUAGUCACCUGAUUUUGACCUGUGUGCUGUAUUUUUGGACUGACAAUUUUGCAUGCAUUAAUUUUAUUUAACAUUUACAAACAUUGUAGAGGGGAUGAACUUUUCCCAAUGGUGGGGGAUUUAGAUUUUAAUAUGCUUACUAUUAUUUUUAUGUAAUUUUGAUUGAAUUACUGCUAUGAUAUUUCAUGAGCAAUUAGCAUCUGAGUGGACUGAAAACCCUUGGCUAGCGAAGAUGAAACAAUAGAGGGAAUAUUUGAACCUUUAAUAUGUACACAUGUAAAUAUUUCAUCAAGGACAUAGGGUACCCCAAAUAUUUGUCAUAGAAAUUUGUAAAACUAUCUCUAAAUGUUUUAAUAAUUGCUAAAAACUCAUAUUUACCGCAAAAGUUUCAUACAAAACCACCUUUAUUUUUGCAUUAUUCACAAAUCUUUACUUGGAAAUGCAAUGAAGAAACAUUACCCAAAACUCAAAAUUCUUCAAAAACAUCUUUUUAUUGGUACAUUUCAGGUAUGUUUUAUGUUGUUUGAUCAAAAAAUAGAAAAUCCCACAUAAACAACAGCUAAAUCCUACUUCAUUUGAUGCAUCAAAAAUCUUGGGUAUCAUAUAACAUCAAGUUAGUAGGAUAGAAACAAAUAUUCAAUUUUCAAUGAAAUCAAAGUUGGGUUUUUUGGUUUUUAUCUAUUAGUUUAACUAUCGUAUGGAACCUUUUGAAUUACUGCGGUUACAGUAUCUGACAUUGAUGGUACACCUUAUAAAUUGUAUGACCCUGCAGUACCUCAGUAAAGGAUAAGCUGUGUUCAAAUACCAAAAUGUAUUUUUAGUGUUUUGUUGUAAUUGUGUGUUUUUCUGUUCUUGUUUAGCAAUGUGAUUAUAAUUCUAGCGUGUUACUGCUGAUUGGUAUUGUUUUGAUUUUUUUCUACAAUGUUUUUGUCUGGAUUAAUUUUAUCCUAAACUGAAUGGUGUUUCAAAGCGUGUAUGUGUGUAUACCUGUGUUAAUGAAUCAAUAAUUAAUUUUAUCUAAUUUCAAAUUGUUCAAGCUAUUUUCACACACUGUGUAAAAAACGAGUGCUUAAUGAGGAAAAUUGUCACAAAGAGAAUGAUAUUGGACUGGAAUUUGAGAUCGUUGUUUCUGUGAGUAUUUGUUCACCUUGUUUAGCGGUGCGUUGUUCCGCUCCUGAAGUGGUGCCAAGUCAAAAGUAUUGCUAUGAACCUCUAGUUUUCUGGAGUACUGGUGAGGCUAGACUGAACAAAGUUAAUGAGAUAUAAGUCUGGUCAUCUUAUUAUGUCCAAAGAUUACACCAAAUGUUUGGCUUUUAUCAUUAAAGCUUUUCUGUGAUUUUUUUGGAAUGAUUGUUAGAUUCUUUUCAGGUUUUAGAAUGUUUGAUAGUUACAUGCAGUGGUUGUAAAAUAAAUUGACAUAAUAUUGGAUUGGUAUAAACAGAUAAAAAGUUAAUCUGGCUCUCUCAGUGAGCUUGUAAAUUUAGCUUCUUGAAACAGGAUUAUGGUAACCAGUGAUAUGUUAUCUGUACAAAUGAUCAGCCUGUUUGCUGUCAGAGUUGGUUGUUUUUUGGGUUUUUUUAAUUCCUUUUAAUAUGUUCUUUUCUCUGGGCACUUUACAUGUAAAUGUUUAUUGAAAACUUUAGCACUGUUUGACUGCACAUUCAUUUUUCUUUGAUAUUGAAUAUUAUUUGGAAAUUGAUGGCUAAUGCAGAAUGUGAUUUUAAAGAUUUAAACUCAAAUGUGUGCAUCCAAAAAUAUUUUGUCAAUCAAUUUUCCCAAAGCACCUCCCCUCAGUAUAACAGUAACAAGCAGAAUUUGGCAACAUUCCAUUUAUGAAUUCAUGAUUUAAUAUAUGACUUUAUUUAAUAUUUUGCAGAAAAUAAAAAUAUAAACAAUAUGAA